AUGGUCCAAAAACCAUUUCCAAGCAACCGAGACAAGCGCAGCUACGAUACGUUUGAGCUACUUCAUCUGGACAUCUGCGGGCCCAUGGAAAAGGAUUCGCUCGGUGGCAGCAAAUAUUUGCUGCUGAUCAUCGACGAAGCCAGUGGAUGCAUGAAGGGCUUUUGUCUGCGAGUGAAGUCCGAGAGUGAAGACUACAUCCGGAAAUAUAUCACCAUGGUACAGACGCAAUUCUGUAAGAAGGUCAAGUUCGUGCGACACGACGGAGCUCGCGAGUUUGCAACCAACUCGCUUCAACUGUUCUACGAAGACGAAGGCAUUGAACAGCAGACAACGGUGCCGUAUGCACAUCAAACAAACGGAACAGCAGAGCGUGCCAUUAGGACUAUUGUCACGAUCGGCCGCAGCAUGCUUCAUCAUGCCAAACUGGACAAGUGUUUCUGGGCCGAAGCAGCGAUGACGGCCAUCUACGUCAAGAAUCGACUGCCGUCACCUAAAGUCGUGCACAAGACCCCGUUUGAGAUCGUCUACAACUUGAAACCAAGCGUCAAGCACAUGCGAACAUUCGGGUGUCAGACAUACAUACUGACGCCUAAAGAGAAUCGACUCAAGUGGGAUCCAAAGGCUCGCGCUGGCAUAUUCGUGGGCUACGAAGAAGUUUCGAAGGCAUAUCGUGUUUAUGACAUCGAGGCGGGGCAGGUGGUUAUCAGCCGCGAUGUCAACUUCGACGAGUCCACCUUUGGACUUCAACUGCCGAUCACUGAUGAAGAUGUCGAUGACCUGGACUUCGAAUUGCUGGAUCUUGAUGACGAAGAGCUGCGUCAAAUGGAGUACAAGCAAACAGGCAAGCGCAAGAACCGACUCAAUGAUGAAGAUACAGCAGCUCCACGACCGCGUGCAGUGCGUCAACGACCAGGACUAGAAGAGUCAAGCGCGCCGGAAAACAACUCGUCACGACAAGAAGAAGACGAAGAAACGAAGGAUUCUGGUGAUUCAACACCGCCUGUGUUUUGGCGUGCGAGUGCAAAUGCCGUUGAAGCAGCAGUGGACUUAUCAGAACCCUCAACAUUUGAAGCAGCAGUAAGCGGCCCUGACCAAGUGCACUGGAGAAAAGCAAUUCAUGCAGAGCUCGAGUCAAUGCGACUUCGCGGUGUGUUUCGUGCAGCCAAGCUGCCCAACGGACAACGCGCCAUUGGCACAAAAUGGGUGUUCAAGAUCAAGCGCAAGGCGGAUGGGUCAAUCGAGAAGUACAAGGCACGACUUGUGGCCAAGGGUUUCCGCCAAAAGUAUGGCAUCGACUACACGGAGACGUUUUCGCCUGUGGUCAAGUAUGUGACGCUGCGAAUGGUGAUCGCAAUUUCCAAGCAUUUUGGAUGGCCCAUCGACCAGCUUGAUGUGGUUGUAAGAAUUAGGAGUUAA